AUGGACGGCACCGACGCCAAUGACCUCAAGUCCUACUUUCAGGAUAUUAUUCAAAGGGAGGCUAUCGAAGAAUUACCUUUCCCUCUUCACUCCGCUUUUCAAAAGUAUUGCGUGCGCUACGCUGCUAAAAGUAGUCCCGCUCCCAGCCCGCCUCCCUCCGAUAUCACCAAUUGGGAGACUAUUCCCUCGCGUCAGAGCCAGAUCAGCAAGACCGUUCUCCAGCGCAAGGCCACACAGCUUCAGGCCCCCUUCCAACAAUACCUCAACAACGAAAGCCACGUCUGGUACGCCCGCUACAGAAACGGACUUGAGGCUGAGGCCGAAGCUGCGGCCCAAGAGGCCCGCCAAUCGGUUCUCCGACGUCACGGAGCCUCAACAGAAACCUUGGAGAAGGUCCAGGCCGAGUACGACCUCAAUAAUGGUCAGUACCAGGAGACGUGGGAACAUUACAAGGCAGUCGCAAAGGAGGCGGCCACCCUCCUCAUAAAGCUGGAGGACCUCAAGGUCAAGAUGAUGGGUAAUCUGCUCGCAAUAGACCGGCCAGAAAACAAGAGUGUUCCCUCCGAGACCCCCAAUCCCAUGAGAACCCCAGUCAUACCCUUGACCCCACAGCAGCCCAUAUCACGUAAGGUGGCUGCGACAGACAACUUCUGCCCUGGCGAGGGCGACGACAAGGAGAGGUGGAGAUUUGCUGGCACGACCUACCCUCAUGGCGGAGGCAAGAAGUCUUCGCGUCGUCGCGGACAGGGAUCGAGGGGCAGGAACAACGCCAACAAGGAAUCGCCCGAGCCGGCGGAUGGAUCAUGAGGGAGGGGGGGGCCAGCAUUGUAGAGUCCAGCCUAACGCAAACGAAUGUUUUCUCAUUGGCCCCUGCGCAACUUGUCCAGGAAUUACCCUUUGGUUGUUAUUUUGCCUGUAACUCUCUGUUUGUCUGUCACUUGUCUCUGCCAUCAGCUAGAUACAAUGCUUCAUGUUCUAUCCGUCUGUUCUCCAUCUGUCUAAUCUCUUUGCCCUGUCUGUCUGCUAUCCCAAAAUAGUCUGUUAAGACACCUCGACGUCGCUUGGAGAAAUAACAAAAGAAGAGGAAACGCUCGUUCCCACCACCCUUGAUAGACUGCA